UUGAAGCAAAAAAAAAAACCCCAAAACCGUCUUUUUAUUUUAAACGACACCAGUUUGUCUGUCGGAGCGGGAGCGGGGAGGGAGCGAGGUUUAGGUUUUAGGGGGACACGAUGAGUCGAGGAUCGAAGUCCAAGACACAGGAGAACAACCCCAGCUCUCUCCUCAGCUGCCAGGAGAAUGAACGUGUCGUUGACCUGCUGGGCCGGAGGUGUGUUAGUCUUGCCACCGCCGUGGUCCAGCUGUACAUGGCCUUGCCCCACAGCCCCUCUGUCUGGAGCUUGCAGCACACCGGCGUUGUCUGCUUCGUCAAGGACAACCCUCAGCGCUCCUACUUCAUCCGCCUCUUUGACAUCAAGGAAAGGAAGCAGAUAUGGGAGCAGGAGCUGUACAACCAGCUGAUGUAUUCCUCCCCCACACCAUACUUCCAUACCUUUCCUGCGGACGACUGCCAAGCAGGGCUGAACUUCGCUAGUGAGGAAGAGGCAGAAGUGUUCAGAAACAUGGUGGAAGAGAAGAUCACCCAAAGAGCUAAUCGUCAAGAGAAAAGGCAACUUCCCCCACCUCCCUCCAAUGACAGAGAAGGGCUGCCACCUCUUCCUACACCAAACGGGCCAGCGUUCCUUUCUGGGGGCCCUUCCACGCCCUCGAUGACAACAGUGGAAAUCCAGAACCCCGACAUCCAGGCGUCUCGCUAUCGUUCGAUGCCCGCCCCACCGCCCGCCCGCGCCACCAGCAGCAAAGGAAAGAAGGAGAAGAAGAGCAAGAAGAAGGGGUCCAAACUGACCAAGGCUGACAUAGGAGCCCCUAGUGGUUUCACGCACGUGACUCAUGUGGGAUGGGAUCCGAACAACCUGGACCCGGACCUGAAGAAGCUGCUCUCCUGCGCUGGGAUCAGCGAGUCCAUGCUCACGGACACGGAGACGUCCAAGCUCAUCUACGACGUCAUCGAGCAGUCCGGCGGAAUGGAGGCCGUCAAAGAGGAGAUGAGGAGACAGGGCCCAGCGCCGCCUCCCCAACCACCUGGUCGGUCUGGUCCCCUCCCUCCCAUUCCUGGUAGUGCGGCCCCUGCACCUCCACCUCCACGCUCAGGGCCCCUCCCCCCCAUCCCUGGACAGUCUCAGCGGGGACCACCCUCCCGGAGCCCCGCCCCACCACCAGGCCGAGGUCCCCUCCCACCCCCGCCCCCUGCGGGAAGAAGCCAGCCUACACCCCCUCCACCUCCCUCUGGUUCUGGGGGGUUCCCACCCCCUCCGCCUCCCUCUUUCUCAGGGGGGCCUCCACCACCCCCUCCUCCUGCUGCCUCCUGCCCUCCCCCGCCCCCCAGCCAGCACCGCUCCAUGGGCCCGCCUCCUCCUCCUGCCCCAGCUAUGGCGAUGGGAGGAGGAGGCGGAGGUGGCGGCGGCCCACCGCCUCCCCCUCCUCCUCCUCCUCCUCCUCCUCCUCCUCCUCCAUCUCUUCCCCCUGCCCCCUCCGGUGGUGGUCCUCCUCCACCACCAUCCCAGUCUGGACCACCCUCACUAUCUUCAGGCGGAGGGGGUAGAGGGGCCUUACUAGAUCAGAUCCGAAUGGGGAAGAAGCUAAAAAAUGUCACGGAGAGCGCUGACCUUCCCCCGCCUGACCCGGGCCAAUCCAGCGAGGGCAUCGUGGGAGCACUCAUGAUGGUCAUGCAGAAGAGGAGUAAAGUCAUCCACUCCUCUGAUGAGGGAGAAGAUGAUGUAGCGGAUGAUGAUGAAGACGAUGAAUGGGAUGACUGAUAAUGCUCUUCUUUUUCUUUUUCUUUUUUUUUUUUUAAAAGCUUGGACCGAAUUUGGUCCAGCUCAUCUUUCUACGUCCUCGUGUCCUCCUCCUCGUUAGAAUGGAAGGUCGUAUAGGGUGGGCAGUUUUGUUGUCAUGGCAAGUCAGCACAGAGAUGCUGUAGUCUACACUGGACAACUACAGCCAGUCAGCGUCUGUCCCUACUCACUUCUGUGCUGGCCGCUGUGUAAAAUCUACCAUCAAAGAACUAAAAAUGUUUAAAAUAAUAACCCAGCACUUAACAGUAAGUGCUGUGUCAAAAGUUGAAAGGUCAAAAAAAUAUAAUAAAAUUUAAGUGCUUUUCAAUAUAGUGAUUAAGAGGCUGUAUAGGACCAAAUUAUUAUACAAAUCAUGUUUAAAUAUACUGGGUGUCCUAUUUUAAAAGGGGUGACUGUCAAAGUGGCUCAGUUUCUUCCCUUGGCAGGAAUAAAGGCACAAGUACAGGAUCUUAAUUCAGGCAAGCAGACUUGGGUGAUCAGGUGAGCGUAAGUGCUCAGGUCCUGUGUUCCUUUGAAAUUAACGGGAGAUCUUGUGAAUGUUGCCUGAAUUGGGUAUGCUGGUAUGCUGUGUUCAAAAGGAAGUGUACAUUAAUUGUUCUGUUGUUCUUGUUUCUGUUGUGAUGUAUAUAAUGUAUAUACAUACCACAAUAGUCUUAUAGCUUGAACUGCUUAAGAGCAAUGGCCAAAUAAAUAGAUAACAUUAAAUUAGGUGAGAUUUAAUAUCAUAAAACAUUAAAUGCAGGAUGGUUGGUCUCCUUGCACAUACCCAGCCACCUUGCUUCAUUAUUUCUCCCUAGUUAUGUUCUUAAGUAGACUUAAUCACCUAAACUGCUUAUUUGAAUAUAUUAGUUCCUUAUUAUUGAAACCUUUUUCCUCCUUAAGUACAUGAAACAGGCAUUGGGACAACUUUUGAAUAUAGGACCCUGUGUCUGUGUACUGUAAUAUCACUCCUUGAGUCACAGAUUUAGGACACCGUUUGUGUCCUUCAAUGGUCCCUUCUACUGUCUGCAGUGUUACGUGCUUGAACUGUACUUUUAAGAAAUUAAUGCCACUCAGCAAUUAAUUUGAACCUUGAGUGAAGCUGUGAACUUAAUA